GGUGUAAAGUAUCGCGAGAUUUGGUGUCGCCGUGUGUGCUUCGGGAUGGCUGACUGAGGGAGUAAUGUCAUUUGGCGUCCGUCGUCAAGGAAAGACAAGGACUUGUCAAGUGUGUCAACAACCAUGGCGAGUGGCGCCCAAGUCUCUAAAGUUUGUUCUUUAUACAAGCGGAUUCUCGUGCUGCAUCGCUUUCUGCCGAUACAUUUAAAAGCCCUCGGCGACAACUACGUGAAAAGCGAGUUCAGAAGACACAAGAACAUAUCGCCCGAAGAAACGAAGAGCUUCAUGAAAGAAUGGGAGAACUACAAGGACACACUGCAGUCGCAGGUUCUGGACUCGGUGAGGGACAAACACGGCUAUCUGAAAUUCGGCAUCGACAUGGCGGAGGAGAAACUGAGCGACUUCCAAGAUGAGCAGAUAGGCCAACUGUACGAGCUUCUGCUUGAAUCCACAAAACCUAAUAGACAAUUUAAUAUCGGGGAGGACAGUAAAUAAGAGGAGGAAACAACUGCUCAUCCCUACUUUUAUGAUGACUGGAUUAUGGACGUGAAGGAAAGACAUCUUAUAUUUCAAGGUCAAGGCACAAUAAGAGCAAUUACCUCUUUCUGCCUCAGUGGUGAUGUAAUCAUUUGUUUUUCGUGAAGUCCCUAUCUACGUGGUGGAAGUUUAAAAAGUCAAGUGGAUUGGGCAUCCACUGCAUGAUUAUUAUGAGAAAAAUAGCCACGCACCAAACUAAUUUGGAUUUGUUCUGCAUCUCUGAAAAUGAACGGUGCAUUGACAAACACCUGCCUCAAGUCUGACUUGACUCAGCUUUUAUUGUCGUUUGAAUUUCUCUGACGAAUACCCAUUACUCUCGAUAAAGCCUGAAAGCCCAAGGUAUAGGGAUAUUUGGUUCAUAUUCCAUGUUCAUGUAAUAAACUUUAAUAUCCGUCCACCGCUUUAUUAUUACAUCUUACAACAUACCCAAAUUUAGAAUAGAGAAAUUUUCAUAGCCAACACAGGUGGGUAGAGUAGCCAAAAUUGUACUCAAGAAUACUGUAAAUUAGGAAUGUGACGAACUCAAAAGUAGUCCCCCCGAAAUACUUGAGAAUAAGUAUUCAGUGAACAUAAAAUAAGUACUGAAUAAAUGGUAACAUUUUUAAUGGAAUCUGUGGAAAUUAACAAUGUGAAUGUUACCUCAGAAAUAUUUGUGCAGGUUGUCUUGUCGACAAAACCAAAUUGUUGUGAUCGAUUUAAAUAGAAGGUAGAAUAACUUUCAUUGUAACUUAACAUGUUUCAACACAAUUUGUUGUUCACAUUCAACAUUCUUGUAUCGCUUUUGCUUGCCAUACCCUUGAGUGGGGCCUAACAACCCUUUUUCCCCCUCUUGUAUUGCUAACAAGUCUUUCUGCAGUCAGCAGCAGGAACUUCCACUUAAAUUAACAUGUUAUUCUCCAUGCUAGGAGACUUGUAAAAAUAUAAAUUGCCAGUCAUUUGCUCCAAUGGAGUGCAGUGAGCCACUAAACAACUAUUUCACAAAUUAAGAAAAUGACAUGAAAUUGCUCCUUUGUCUGAAAAUUGACAAAUGUAAUCUGGUAGGAAAAAAAAACCCUAACUUUUCAAGUGUUUUCGUGAGUUUAAUUGACCCAAAGCGGCCUCAAACGUAUGUUAGCUGUAUAUCACUGAUAUAGUUGAGAAGAGUUGAAGUUGAAAAUGAUAAAAGCAGACAAAAAUCUGCACCCUUGGGAAAUUUCAUUACAUUUGAUUUACAUAGCUAAAUGCUUCAAAAAAAGGAAGCGAGGUGGACACAAAUGGCCAGCCAAGAGUCCACAUUUAAGCGUUAAAUCAUUUAAUUUUGAUAAUACUAUUACUAUACUCAUUCAUCAUGAAAAGGUAUAACAUACAAGUGUAAAACACGUUUUACCUUCCCUUUGCUGCGCUUCCCUUUCGUUGGCUCCUUAUAAUCUGUGACUAAAAACAUAAUUAUUCAGUCAGAUUUAUGGGUGAUAUGAAAUAACAGUGGAUUAGACAAAACUCACCUGCCAUGAUGUCUACAAGUUGCUUUCAACUGGGAGACCAUUCACAGUUGUUACCACAAUGUUUUCUCCUUCAUAAUGCUUACUAGUCAUUCAUACAUCCUCCCAUCGUGCUGACUGUUGCUUUUAUGGUGGGCGGUAGCAUAUUAUAUAAGAUACAGUCCCUGAAACCUCCAUAAAAAAACAUUCCUAGCAAUACACCUUGAACAAAACUGAAGACAAAGGAAAAAAAAAAAAAAAAAACAAGUUGCAGAGAAAUUCUUGUAUUUUAGUUAAAGAAAAACGUCGAGGAACAUCAGCUUACAGCAGAACUGUGAUUUGUGUUGAAUACAAUUAAAAAAAACAACAACAACAACAACUGCGGCCCAAAGACAAAAAACUAUUUAAAUUGGAUUAACACUAAAAUGGUAAAAGCUUCAAACGAUCCCACUCCGUAGUCGGUCGGAGCAGUCAGGUUCCAUCCCUCCUCGCUUUGGCAUGAAGGUGAACAACAGUACAGUGUAUGAGCUCCACACGGCAAAA